GGCAGUAAUGCAAAACUAACUUCCGAUGUAAAUAUCAACAAAAGAAGGAAGUCUUUAAAAUAUACAGGUUUUACCGGAAAAAUUAGUGCUAUUUCGCUUGAGACUGGCAAAAUGCAUCUUGACAUUACAAAUUAUAUCAUCAGACUUAUUUUGCCUUUGUGUUUGGUUUGUCUUUGUAAAUGUCAAAACUUGAAAUGUGAGGGGAAUUCUUCAGAUCCUGACAUUCAUCAAUGUUCAGAGUUGUUAAUGGGUCAGUAUUAUUGUGAUGAACCAGAAAUUGACUCAGAGACACAACAAGCAAGAGGCUGCAAUUCAAAAACUCGCACAGUAACUGUUCCUUGUAAACCAGCUCCGGGAGUCCUAUGUUAUCCUGAUAAAAGCUUAAAAGACUUAUCGGCAUCUGGAAAUCCGUGUGAAUUUGAUGGCGAACAAAUAGGCUUUUAUCAAGAAAGAGCCUGCAAAUGGACAAAUGGGUAUAAUUUUGAAACAGCGCUUUUACUGUCAGUUUUCUUAGGAAUGUUUGGAAUUGACAGAUUCUAUCUUGGAUACCCUGCAAUAGGAUUACUGAAGUUUUCAACCCUUGGAUUUUUUUUCCUUGGGCAACUGAUCGAUGUUCUGUUGAUAGCAACACAAACGGUUAAACCCUCAGAUGGUUCAGACUAUAUCAUUGAUUAUUUCGGUGCAGGACUUAUAAAAUUAACAAUGAAUAAUGAAACUAUUAUCAAACUCGAUGACUUGUAAAGUACCUGGCUGCUGUGAUGUGGAUUGUUAGUGUUGGAACACGCCCUUAGUUAUAUGAACGUUGCAAGGUAGUGACUGUGAAGAAGUUGACUGAUUUCAAGAGCAUGUGAUCAGAUUGUGUGCCAUUUUAAAUUCCAGCACAGAAACUGAAUGUGUGGACCAUAAGAUAUAGGCAUAAUGUAUCAGUUGUGGUCAUUUUUAUGCAGGAAAAAAAACUUGAAUGUGCUAUUUUUAUGAAUGGCUCGUGACAAAGUCAGAAGUUCAAGAGGUGUUCAAAGCAAAUCCUUUGCUGAUAGAGAUAAAAAAAAAAGAUUUGUACAUGUAAUCUGACAUCUACAAGUAAGAAACACAGGCUCUGUGACCACCAUGGCCAAGACAGUUCAACUCUAUUGAUGUUGUUCAGGAUGUGUUGAUCAUUUGGAAUAUUUGGAUUCUGCCAUCAUAAUUACUAUGAUCAUACUUGAGUCUUUCAUUCAAAAUAUUUAUUCAUCACUAUUCAGUCAGUGCAUGCAUGUUUACCAAUUGGUAAACUGACAUUUAAGUAUAAUAAAACUUGCGAAAUACCAAACACUAAACAUGUGGAAGAAUGAUUUCAAAUUUUAUUGCCAAUUGUUUUGUAAGCUGCCUGAAGGGUGAGCAUCUAGUUGCCGCUUUAUACAUCAGUUAAAUCCAUAGAUCUUUCAGAUUGUUGCACUUGCCUUGUCAUGAGUUUAACUUCAAAGUUUUAAAGAUAUGAAAAGAUAACAAUGACAGGGAGCACUAAACAUAUAUCAUAAUGCUACAUUGUAUCUUGAACAGUUUUCAAAAUAUCUGCCUUCAGGCUUCUGUACUUUUCCUUGUCUAGAGCAUAUAUUAAAUGAUUUUUUGUUGUAUAAUGAUGAAAAGCAGUUCAGAGAAUAAGAAAUGUACAUAUGUU